AUGAGCACCUCGGCGGCCCCCGUCAGGCUGAUGCCCGGCGGGCACCCGGAGCAGGCGGCCGCCUCCGCCCCAGCCGCGGGCUCGGCGCCCGAGCGGGGCGGCCCCGCCGCCGCCGCCGUGCCCGGCGGCCCCGCGCCCGCGGGGGCCCCGCUGGUGCGGGGGGCCGCUCCCGGGGUCCCGCGGCCGGUGGCGCCCAAGGGGCCGCCCACGGCCACCCUCCAGUUGCCGGCCAACUUGCAGCUUCCCCCAGGAGCUGUUCUUAUCAGAAGCAGUAAUGGCCACCUAAUGCUGGUAUCUCAACAAGCAGUAGCACCAGCACAGAACCAGACACGAAAUAACACAAGUGUGAGACCAUCUGUGCCAACCAGCACACCUGCAGUCAGAAUAUGUACUGUGCAGAAUUCUGGCACACAGUUAGUAAAGAAAAUAGCAGCUGCUCCUGUGAAAACGUUAUGUCAAACAACAAGUGCUGUGGUUUCUACUGUUCAGACACCUGCUGUAAUACAGCCAGCAGCUGCAACAGCUAGUGUUACUACAGUUACUGCUGUAAAGCCUUUGAGUACUGGAACACCUGUAAAACUUCCAGUUACAGGACCACCUGCACAAGCUAUCUCCCAAAAGGCAGUCUCUGUGAAAGCAGAGGGCACAACAGUAGCACAGACCAGCGCUUCUACAGAGAUGCUAGAGAAUGUGAAGAAAUGCAAGAAUUUUCUUGCUACGCUAAUAAAAUUGGCGUCUAAUGGACCUCAAGCCCCUGAGAUGGGGCAGAAUGUGAAGAAUCUGGUGCAAAAUCUACUGGAAGCAAAAAUUGAACCAGAAGAAUUUACAAAAAAGCUAUACAUAGAGCUUAAGUCAUCUCCACAACCGUAUUUAGUUCCUUUUCUCAAGAAAAGCAUGCUUGCCUUGCGGCAGCUAAUGCCUAAUCCUCAGAGCUUUAUCCAGCAGUGUUUGGAGCAGCCAGCUUCAACCCAAGAAGUGUUUUCAACUUGUACCUCUGCAGUACCAGCUCCUUUGACAGGAGCGGCAACCUCGGCUGUAUCAACAACUGUUCUUCCAGUAGUAAAACCCGUGCCUGCCUCUGUAGCACCCUCAGCCCCUCUAGUUGUCACGCCACUCCUUGCCAGCACGUCGGCAGCAGGUUCUCUGCAGGCUGUGAAGGCCAUUCCUGCCCCUGCAGCGGUGACAGCAUCGCUGGCGCCCGCAGCUCCCGUCCUCACGGCGAGCGCGCUGUCGUCCGGGCUGACCGCUGUCCAACCCAGCAAGCCAGCGCUCGCCUCUGCAGUGCCACUGCCCUCUCUGCAGUCUGCCAAGACGGUGCUGGUCUCUACAGUGGCAUCUUCAGCAACAACCCCUCUCCAGCCUCUGAAGCCAGUCGUUGGAACCCCAGUUGGUGUUAAAAUCUCGCAGCCCAGCUCUGUCGUGGCACAGUCAGCGGGUGCUCAGCAGGUGGUUAAAGUGAAACAGCUGGUAGUCCAGCAACCAUCAAGAACCAUUGUCAAGCAAGUAUCCAUGCUCCCACAGCCCCCAGUGCUCACCAUACAGACACCUGCUGAGAAGAAGAUGCCGCUGCAUACACUUGUUCAAACCAACCAGUUUCCUCCAGGUUCCAUUCUGAAGCAAACUAUCUUGCCAAGAAAUAAAAUUCUGUCAUUUCAAGCAUCUCCUGUUCAGAAGGUGAAAAUGAAAGAGAAUGGAGCAGCAUCCUUCAGAGAUGAAGAUGACCUAAAUGAUGUGACUUCUAUGGCUGGGGUUAAUCUCAAUGAGGAGAAUGCCUGCAUUUUGGCAGCAAACUCUGAGCUCAUUGGUGCAGUGAUUCACUCUUGCACAGAUGAACCAUUUCUGUCUUCGGAAGCUCUUCAGAAUAAGAUCUUGAACAUAGGUAAAAGGCAUGACAUUAUGGAACUUAACUCUGAUGUUGUGAACUUGAUCUCCCACGCUACACAGGAGAGAUUACGAGGGCUCCUGGAAAAACUAACUGUAAUUGCUCAGCACAGAGUAUCAACCCACAAGGGAAGUGAUAAAUACAUUGUGUGUAGUGACACCAGAGCACAACUGAGAUUUCUGGAGAAGCUCGAUCACCUAGAAAAACAGAGAAAAGAUGAAGAGGAACGUGAAAUGUUACUUCGAGCAGCCAAGAGCCGUUCCAAUAAAGAAGAUCCAGAGCAACUGCGGUUAAAGCAGAAAGCAAAAGAGAGGCAACAGUUGGAAUUAGCACAGAUGCAACAAAGAGAAGCCAACAUCACAGCUUUGGCAGCCAUUGGACCAAGGAAGAAAAGACCAUUGGAUUCAUCAAACGGCUCCGGGCUCGAGGGUUUGAACGGCAAUGGAAUUGCUGGAUCAUCAGGUUUUAGCCUUACAAAGCCGAUGCUCUGUCCAAGAGUAACCCGUGUCUGUCUCAGGGACUUGAUAUUCUGCAUGGAACAAGAGAGGGAGAUGAAGCAUUCUCUACACUUGUACCGUGCCCUUCUGAAGUGA